GCCGCGCGUGCCGGCGGUAGCUCCACGCGCUCCUCUCGCGGGGCCGCCGCCAUGAAGUUCGCGUACCGGUUCUCCGGCCUGCUUGGCACUGUGUACCGCCGCGGGAACCUCAGCUUCACCCGCGAUGGCAACUCCCUCAUCAGCCCAGUCGGGAACAGGAUCUCCCUCUUCGACCUAAAGAAUAAUAAGUGUGAGACGUUCCCACUGGCUACGCGGCUUAACAUUGUGUGUGUGGGGCUCUCUCCAGACGGAAGUCUUGCCAUUCUAAUUGAUGAAGAGGGAGCUGCCUUGCUUGUCAGUUUGAUUGGGAAGUGCGUGAUACAUCAGUUCUAUUUUCACAAGCCAGUUCACAGUGUCAGCUUUUCUCCUGAUGGCAAGAAAUUUGUGAUUACAAAAGACAAUGUUGCCCUUAUGUACCAUGCUCCUGGGAAGAAAAGAGAAUUUAAUGCCUUUGUUCUGGACAAAACUUACUAUGGCCCAUAUGAUGAAACAACUUGUAUUGACUGGACUGAUGAUUCCAAAUGUUUUGCUGUUGGGAGUAAGGACAUGUCUACGUGGGUAUUUGGAGCGGAACGAUGGGCAAACUUGAUAUACUAUGCCCUUGGAGGACAUAAGGAUAUAAUAGUAGCCUGCUUUUUUGAAGAGAACAGUCUAGAUCUGUACACGAUUAGCCAGGAUGCAGCUCUCUGUGUGUGGCAGUGUGAUACAGAGCUCGAUGGUUUGAAGCCCAUGCCUCGUAAAGAUGCAGCUAAGGAAAACAGUGCAGCAAAAAACGAUGAAGAGUUUAGUGAAGAGUCAAAGGGUGAAGAAAUUCGUGGAAAAGCCAAUCCAAAUGAACAAGAGACUCGAAAUAAGGUUAAAUACUCGCGUGUUGCAAAGUAUUUUUUCAAUAAAGAGGGAGAUUUUAAUAACCUGACAUCUGCAGCCUAUCACAAGAAAACACACCUUUUAGUCACUGGUUUUGCCUCUGGAAUCUUUCACCUCCAUGAGCUUCCAGAGUUCAAUCUGAUCCACUCCUUAAGUAUUUCAGACCAAAGGAUAGCUUCUAUUUCUAUCAACUGCACUGGUGACUGGAUUGCCUUUGGAUGUUCAGGUUUGGGUCAGCUCCUCGUGUGGGAAUGGCAAAGUGAGUCCUACGUGCUGAAGCAGCAGGGACAUUUCAACAGCAUGGUUUCAUUAGCAUAUUCUCCAGAUGGACAAUACAUAGCAACUGGAGGGGAGGAUGGGAAAGUGAAAGUGUGGAACACUUCAAGCAGCUUUUGUUUUGUCACUUUCACAGAACAUACCAGUGGUGUAACUGCUGUAACUUUUACUUCCAAUGGUUAUGUCAUUUUGAGUGCUUCCCUAGAUGGAACUGUGCGUGCCUUUGAUCUACACAGAUACCGCAAUUUCCGCACCUUUACAUCUCCACGACCGACUCAGUUCUCUUGUUUAGCUGUGGACUCCAGCGGUGAGAUUGUGUCAGCUGGUUCCCAGGAUUCCUUUGAAAUAUUCAUCUGGUCAAUGCAGAGUGGGAGGCUGCUAGAUGUUUUGUCUGGUCACGAGGGCCCCAUCAGCAGUUUAUCCUUUAACCCAAUGAAAUGUGUUCUAGCUAGUGCCUCUUGGGACAAAACUGUCAAGUUAUGGGAUAUGUUGGACAGCUGGAGAACUAAAGAGACGCUGAUACUGAACUCAGAUGUUCUUGUUGUUGCUUUCCGCCCGGAUGGCCACGAGCUUGCAGUUGCAGCUUUGAAUGGACAGAUAACAUUUUGGGACCAUGAAAAUGCAAUGCAGACUGGCUCGAUUGAGGGAAGGCAUGAUCUUCAGAUGGGAAGGAAGGAGCUUGAUAAAAUAACUGCUAAACAGGCAGCUAAGGGAAAAUCUUUUACUACUCUGUGUUACUCAGCAGAUGGUCAGUCUAUUCUGGCAGGUGGCUUGUCAAAAUUUGUCUGCAUAUAUAAUGUCAAGGAACAGAUCCUUAUAAAAAAAUUUGAGAUUUCAUGCAACUAUUCUUUAGAUGCUAUGGAGGAGUACUUAGAUCGGAAAAAAAUGACUGAAUUUGGCAGCAUGGCUCUGUUUGAUGAAGGGGGUGGAGGUGAAGAUGCUGUUGCCAUUCCUCUUCCUGGAGUAAAAAGAGGUGACAUGAGUUAUCGACACUUUAAACCAGAAAUAAGAGUGACUUGCCUGCGAUUCUCUCCUACAGGACGAAGCUGGGCAGCCACCACCACAGAGGGUCUUCUUGUCUAUUCACUGGACUCUGGGCUAAUUUUCGAUCCAUUUGAUCUGGAUAUUGAUGUCACACCCAGCAAUAUACGCAAAAAGCUACAGCAGAAGGAAUAUACUGUAGCUAUCAUCAUGGCCUUCAAGCUGAAUGAAAAGAAACUGAUUCAGGAAGUCAUAGAGGCUGUGCCUAGCAGUGAAGUUAAUGUUGUCUGCUCGUCACUCCCAGACCUGUAUGUGGAGAAAACAUUGGAGUUCCUGGCCUCUGCAUUUGAAACAUCUUGCCAUUUAGAGUUCUAUCUUAUUUGGACACAUAAAUUGCUGAUGCUGCAUGGACAGAAACUGAAAACAAGGUCACUGAAGCUGCUGCCUGUGAUUCAGUUCCUUCAGAAAAGCAUCCAGCAUCAUUUUGAAGAUGUUUCAAAACUCUGUGAGUGGAAUAUCUACAACAUGAAAUAUGCCCUCGCAAUUUCCAAACAGCGAGGCAUGAAACGCCUGGCAGAGGAAGCAUCAGUAGAUGAAGCCGACUUGGAUUCUGAUAGUGAUUAUCUUAUGCAGGGGGUUAAUAAAGACAAUUUUAGUUCCUAGUUACUCUCUCUUUGUGAGAAGGUAGAAAACCUAAGACAGGAAUUUUAUGCAGUGGUAUUCACUGAGAAUGAGUGGCCCUCAUAGUGGCAUAAUUAAGCUCUUCUUAACAGUGUGGAUGUAGUUAUGUGUGGGGAAAAAUAUGGGACAGUGCCAUCCACGGCGCUUUUGGUGGACUCUUUAACCAUACUAACUUGACAGUGUUAAUUUCUUAGUUGAUUUCUUGUUCCUGAUAUCAAGGGGAGUGGGGGAAAAAGGAUUAUUACAUCAUUAGAGUUUGAGGUAUUGAUUAUUGAAAAUGCAUUGUACGUAGAGCAAGCAUUGCAAGUUUCAUAAUGUGGUCUUGUCACACUUUGGACUCUUUUUUUAUAUCCUCUUUUAAAAUAUUUUUUUAUUGGAAGUCUGCAAAUUGCUCUUACCUUGUUUUAAAAGUUGUUUUACUUGGUGUUAAUCCAUACGUGUUGCUGGCAUGCUGUUUUCUUAGCUCUGUAACUUCCAAACCUGAGGAAGUUUCAGUGGUGAGGGUAAAUGGUAAGAUAGCAAUGAAGAGAGGAGAAACAUUACUGGAUUGUACACUUUUUGCAGUAGUUCAGUAAUCUUGAGGUACUGCAGUAAAAAUUUGUUUGGAAAUGACCAAGUCAGUGUAAUCUAAAUUGUAAGAGAACACGUUACAGAAGUUGCUUUUUCUGAUGAAAGGCCUUUCUUGUGUUGUUUCUGUACAUUUUUUGUUAGCAUAAUAAAAUCUGAAACUUCA